UUACAAACAACAGCAGAAGUCUGUAGGGCUCAGGCACUUCAACAAGGAAGACAUUUUGUGCAGCCAAGUGUGUUGACAGUUGAGUCUCUGACAAAAGCUUGCUCGUCUCCUGAAUCAGCCAAAAGUUUCCAACAAGCCAUUAGUAGAGUUUGCAGUAAAAAUGCCUGGGUUGAUGGAAAACACUUGCCGAGUGCAAGACAUCACUUUGAUGGUGAGACUUUUUUGGAGGGCCGGGACCUCAUCACAGAAGGUGUCAAAGCUGUUAAAGCUGCUGCCCAACAGGGUAAUUAUGAAACUGCAAGAAAGAAGCUGGGUGAGACUCUACAUACUCUACAGGAUUUCUACAGUCACAGCAACUGGAUAGAACUGGGGAACCUAUUCCCAUACUCCAACCUGAUCAGACCUGAUAGCAAAAUAGACAACAUUGCAGAACCUACAAGACCCACUUGUAGAAACUGUAAUGGAGGUAACUGUAGCAACAACAUAUUGGAAGACAUCAUGCAAGAGAAAAUACUGACAUCAGGAUACUUUGGAUUCUUCAAACAACCUGGUACUGAAAUCUUGAUAUCCUAA